UUCUCUCCGUCGUUUGAAAAUACCAAGAGAGUUGUGCGCCACUGUACUGAUGUCAUUCUAUUCAAACUGGACCCAGACGCUCCACAAACUUCAAAGAGAGGACACGUUGAGUUAAACAUUUAGAACUAUCGCCACCUCGUCGGUUUUCAUUUUGGUUCCAGUUUUUGUCUUGAGUUUUACUUUUCCUUUCGACUUUUAAUACAAGUACCAGGUUUAUUGUCCUUAUUCCAAUUGGCUUUUUUUUCACGUGGUGUCCAGUUGGGAUAGCGCGCGGGGGAGCGGGACACAACUGUCACCGACUGUAAUCUGAGUCUCGCGCUGUCAAAGACAUGCCGGCUGGGUUUCAGCAACUCGGAGGGGAGACGGUGACUGGAACCCUUGCUCUCUCAGUGUUCACCGCUGUAUUGGGUUCCUUUCAGUUUGGGUACAACAUAGGUGUCAUCAACGCUCCUCAGAAGAUCAUUGAAGCGGACUACAACGCUACAUGGGUGCAUCGGUAUGGAGAGCCCAUCCCCAGCAGUACCCUCACGACCCUGUGGUCCCUGUCCGUAGCCAUCUUCUCUAUCGGCGGCAUGAUCUCCUCCUUCUGUGUGGGCGUCAUCUCAGAGUGGCUGGGGAGGAGGAAAGCCAUGCUCAUUAACAACUUGUUUGCCUUCAUCGGAGGAGGUUUGAUGGGCAUGGCCAAGAUCAGCCGGUCCUUCGAGAUGAUGAUUCUGGGACGAUUCGUCAUCGGUGCAUACUGUGGAUUGGCAUCGGGGCUGGUGCCCAUGUAUGUGGGUGAGAUAGCCCCUACCAGUCUGCGAGGGGCAUUGGGCACGCUCCACCAGCUGGCUAUUGUCACAGGGAUUCUCAUAGCACAGGUCCUGGGUCUGGAGUCUUUGCUGGGCAGUGAGGAGUUGUGGCCAGUGCUGGUGGGUGUGACCGUUCUGCCCACUGUCCUGCAGAUGGUGCUGCUGCCCUUUUGCCCCGAGAGCCCCCGCUUCCUCUACAUCAUCCGUUCCCAGGAGCACCACGCCAAGAGCGGCUUGAGGAGGCUGACGGGGAGACAGGAAGUGGGGGAUAUGCUGGCGGAGAUGAAGGAGGAGAAGAGGAGGAUGGACAUGGAGAGGAAGGUGUCCAUCGCAGAGCUCUUCCGCUCCCCCAUGUACCGGCAGCCCAUCAUCAUCGCCAUCCUACUGCAGCUCUCACAACAGCUGUCCGGGGUCAACGCUAUCUUCUACUACUCCACCAGUAUCUUCCAGAAGGCAGGGGUCCAGAGCCCUGUCUACGCCACUAUAGGAGCCGGUGUGGUCAACUGUGCCUUCACCGUGGUCUCGCUCUUCCUGGUUGAGAGGACGGGUCGCCGGACACUACACAUGCUGGGCCUGUCUGGAAUGUGCGGCUGCGCCAUUGUCAUGACAAUGGCUCUCGCCCUAUUGGACAGUGUUCCCUGGAUGAGUUACAUCAGCAUGCUGGCCAUCUUUGGAUUCGUGGCCUUCUUCGAGGUGGGCCCCGGCCCCAUCCCCUGGUUCUUUGUGGCUGAGCUCUUCUCCCAAGGCCCCAGGCCUGCUGCUAUGGCCGUGGCCGGAUUCGCCAAUUGGACAGCCAACUUCAUUAUCGGCUUUGGCUUCCAAUAUGUUGCUGAGCUUUGUGGGCCAUAUGUCUUCCUCAUCUUCGCCGCGCUCCUGCUAUUCUUCCUCAUCUUCACCUUCUUCCGGGUGCCGGAAACUCGGGGGAAGACGUUCGACCAGAUCUCCAACACCUUCAGCAAACACUCACCCGCCAUGAUAGAUAUGGACCUGGACAUGGAGCUGGGCAAACGCAGCACAGAGAUGGAUUACCUGGGGGAGGAGGGGAGCCUCAACUGAGGGGAUCCCAUUGGGCAACUGGGGAAGGCAGGCAGAGGAGGCCAGACAGACUGUGGGGUGGUGGGCAGGGGAAGAGAAAAAUGGUAACAUCCUUUCACCAUUUAUCGAGUUGCAUCUAGGCAUAUCAAGUAGGGAAGAGGGAUGGCGUGUGGGUCGAGGGAUAGGGAGGUGUAAUCUGUUUGGAAUGGGGGCCAUAGUUGAUGCAAUAGCUGCCACUGGGAAAUUAGACUAGAGUGAAAAAUAUUGGCAGAAUCAGGGGUUGCAGGAUUUGAGUCAAGGAAAAGGUUACACAAUAUUACAAAACAUUGCACCAACUGAACAGACGCCAGAAAGGGUGAAGGGUCAGUGGGGUGGGAGAUUUAUUACCAGAGCAACCCAUAAUGGGUGAUCAGGAACUAGAAUGUUUCUGAACCUUGAGGCAUUUACCCCACCCCCGGUGUACAUGUACAGAUGGGGGUGAUUUGAUUCUGAGAGACUGCACAGAUGUUCAAUAGAGGGAAAGAGACUUGGAGAAACUUGUAUUCCUGCACUUUAUCUACAAAUACAGAUGUUUUCAGAGAGAGAGAACCUGGUUGAAAUAAGACAAAAAACAUGUACCUUUUUACAAAGCUAUGGCGUGUGGCAUUGACUGACAGAUUUUAUUUCUGAUCAAGUUAACAAGUCUCAAAGCAGGCUAACCACUCCACCGCUAGCAACCCACUUCGUGUCCCUAAACUUGCUUACACAAAAUAGUGGACCGCUUUAACAUGCGACUCAUUGCACAGCCUACAGAGACUUUACGGAGAGGAAAUCCUGUAUUUAGUAGAUCUUCAGUUUCUGAAUGGGACAGGGCCCCAAUGAGCACUACUAGUAUUUAUUCUACUGGUUUCCAAAAGUAGUCCUAUAUAGUUGAUAUGGCAACAGGCCUCUGAUACCGUCGCAGCCAUCUGUCCCUAAACAACUACGCAUGUGCUGGUUGCUGUCUAUUCUGUACCAUUUUGAGUGACCAUCUUCAUGAAGAUUUGUAUCAAGUAGGACCUGUGGUUUAUGUAAAGUACGAAAAAAAAAAAAACAAGGUAUGCCGUGUUGUGGUUCACGUGACAAUUGUCCCCAUUUGACAGACAUGUUGAGCCAACAUUUCAGAGUAAUUUCAUAUAUUACCAUCCCCAGAAGUGUCAUAAAGCAUAUCAAAUAUACUGCAACUUAAGUCAUGUUAUAGUUUAGAUGAAAUAUGUAACAGGCUCCUGUUCUUGAUGCUACUGGAGCUCGAGUUGAAGAAAUUAAAUAACUUCAACUUUG